AAUGUUCCAACGUACCGACAUGUACAUUGUACCUGGUUAAUGGCUCUGCAUCUACUUGACAAGAUGUAUUUUACACACCAUUUAGGGUAAAAGACUGCAGAAUAUAUCCAACCCUUAUAUCUGUUGUACUCUUUCAGUAAAGUUCACCUGAAUUUACAGCAGAUGAGAGGAAACCUGAAGUGAAGAUGUUGACGUCAGUCAUCAUAGCCAAGUCGUCUCCCCCGACCAGUCCAAAUGGGUCUCGUCCAACCAGUCCCAACCCCAUGCUGGAGAACAGACACACGGCGCAGGCCAAACGUCGCAAGUUUAUGCGCCGGAUUCUCAUGUUUCGGCAGAUGGACUUUGAGUUCGCAAUGUGGCAAAUGAUAUACUUACUUGUCUCUCCACAAAAAGUGUACCGUAAUUUCCAGUAUAGCAAACAAACCAAGGACCAAUGGGCAAGGGAUGACCCUGCCUUCCUUGUCCUGCUCAGCAUUUGCUUAUGUGCCUCCUCUGUGGGGUUCGCCAUCGUCUUGCAGCUAGGAGUGCUGCAUUUCUUCAAGUUCCUGCUGUGGGUGGUGUUUGUGGACUGUAUUGGAGUGGGUCUGUUGAUUGCAACAGUGCUGUGGUUUGUGGCCAACAGAUACCUGAGAGUGUCGGGAGGAAACAAGCCAGAUGUAGAGUGGGGCUUUGCCUUUGAUGUCCAUCUUAAUGCAUUCUUUCCACUCCUUAUCAUCCUUCAUGUUGUGCAACUCCUCCUUUAUAUCCCGUUGUUAGACCGUAGCAGCUUUUUGUCAACUCUGCUGGGUAACACACUUUGGCUCAUCGCCAUCACCUAUUACAUCUAUGUUACCUUCUUGGGAUACAGCGCUCUGCCAUUCUUAAGACGCACCGUGGCUUUCCUCUACCCGCCGUGCCUGGUCCUCAUUUGCAUAUUUGUGAUAUCUCUCCUAACUAACUGGAACAUUGCCAGGAGUGUCAUGUACUUCUACGAGUACAGAGUCUACUAGAAGGCCGUCUGGAAACUUCCCCCCUCCGUUAGUCACAACAUUGCCCCCAGGGUGUUCCGCUGGGAAUGCCCAGCAAAUGAAAAAUGCCAACUUCUUCGAAAUGGUCUUCAGAAUCUAUCUGAUUUUGUUUAAUAAUUUUUCUUCAUGCAUGUCGUAGCUACUCGUGUGGUAAACUUUUUUUCUCUCCGUAUGUACAUGUACAUGGUAAGUAUGGUCAGUGCACUCGAACAGACAUUUUUAUAAAACAUGUACAUUAUAAAAAAAUGUGCUGAGAAAACUUCUGUACUUGGUACACAGGAAAUUGAAAUGAUAAAAUUGAAAGGUGGCAGAAGAAAGAUUUCACAUUACAUUAGAGUACAUGUACACGUGUAGAAUAGUUUGCAUGUUGAUGUUGCCAAAGCAGUUUUGACUCGACUAGAGAUUCCUCCUUGCUCUCGACGAAGAGUAGUAACAUCUUGUAGCAAGACUACAUGUAUGUGUUCGUGUGGUGUAAACAGGCAUUUCUGUUGCCCAAAAUACUUGUCUAGUCUUCAAGCAGAGAAGAUUCCUGUUUGGGAGCAGGGGAGUGGUGUUGAACCAGCUGGCGACAUAUCGUUCAUGCACAAGCAGUGUGCGAGACAAAAACGUCCAGACGGAGAGAACUUGAGAUUGUGUUGACUUCACUCAGCACACACCUGUGGGUGUAUAUUAUUGUAAAUAGAUGUAUAGUUUUGGGUCUUUUGUAGAAAUCGGUUUUGAAAAGGUAACCCUUUCCUGUAAGUUAUUCUGGACAUUUUAUAACUUGAUAGUCACAAAGGCUACUUGGUGUCCUGCAAGAAAUACAGAUGAAUGACGACUCGUUUGAUAAAAGUGCAUCAGGUUGGAAAACUCACUGUCUUCAUGAACAGAUUGUAUACGACAGUUCAAGAUUUUUGAGGGGUAGUGGGGGUUGACUGAAGAUGAACUGGCAAACUGGUCACGUAACAACCUGAUACAUGGUCAGCUUGGAAGUUUGUCAUGGUGAAGGUGUUAAGUAAAACAUUUGCUGUAGCAUCAGGCAAAAGAUAUCUCUUUGUAUGUAUGGUACUGAAAUGAACUGGAGGGUGCACAUGCUCAAUGAUUUGGGUAGUAUGCUCUGUCUGUCGUCAGGGGACUGCUGCCAUUGUUGGGCAGUCUCUUGACGACAGACGUCCUUUCACCACAAACCUUUUACAUGUACAUAUAUCCAGAACCAGAACAUGCUGUAUGUAAGUGCAAGUGUUCAUUACCUCUGAAAAAGAAUUGUUUUCGAUGAAAGAAUCACGGUAGCACGCUGACUGAAAUUUUGGUUGCAAGACCACAUGUGCACAUUGUAAGCAGUGAUUUCAUCAACUACAUGUACAUCCUGCUUUAAAUCCAGGUUCUUGGGCAAAGACAUUUCUUGAACAAAUGACGCCACUGAAAUAUGGUAGGUGGUUUGAUUCUACUACUCUGCUACACAGUUUAUUUCACAGCCACGAUUUCUUCAUCAGCAUCAUUGUUUGCAUAAUGGCAAGAUUACAAAUCAAUAAAUACAGCAGGUUACUUAAAAUUCAGGAAUCUAUGUCUUUUUUACAGGUGUUCCGAUCACAAUAUACUUAAAUCUACACUAAAUACACUUCUCAAAGUUUGAAGUAACAAGGAAACAAAUCAAACUUUAGAGGAUUUAAAUUUGGUCAAAAAGAUGAUUACAUUGUAUAAUAUUCAAAGGAAGUUUGAAAAUUUAGAAAGAAAAAAA